AUUCCACGAGGAAAUGCUGAAACGUGUCCGCCCUCAAGAACUUGCUUUAACCUGCGCAGUGUGUUUGCGACUUGUAUAUUGUUGUCGUUCACACACUGACAUGACAGGAGCAGCUGAAUACAGUACAGGUGAGACAGGCUGAACAUGGAGUGUAGAGUGACGGUAAUCCCCCGCAAUGCGUGGAAGGCAGUGGAUGUUCAGCUCAGAGAAAGAUUACACAAACCUGCUGAUAAGCUUAUUAUCCACCACACGGCAUUGUGGAGCUGCUGGAGUCACACACAGAGCAUCACUCAGUUAAUACACAUUCAGCAAGUACACAUCCAUGAGCGCAGCUUCACAGACAUUGGCUACAACUUUUUGGUGGACCAGACUGGCGUGGUGUAUGAAGGCCGUGGCUGGGGCAUCGUAGGAGCACACGCAAAAACACAUAACCAUAACUCUGUUGGUGUCGCUUUUAUGGGCAACUUUAAUGAUGAGUCGCCGAGCUUGCAGGCUUUGUCAGCCGUACGUGCUUUGAUCCAGCAUGGAGUGGCCAAGGGAUAUUUACAACCCAACUUUGUGAUUUUGGGACACAGAGAUGUUGCAGACACACAGUGUCCGGGAGGAAAGUUGUAUUCCUUACUGCACACACUCAAGAUCCCAAUAAACCACACAUUUUGAAGGUUUCAUUGUCUAAAACUGAUGUUUUAAAUGGCAGCAGUUUUGUGAUUUUGGGAUUCUCGCACUCUGCAAAUAGUGUAUUUUUUUAGAUUUCAUGAAAUCCUUGUAUGUAUUUCCCUUGUUGGUUAUUAUUCAGUUUGUAUAGUUUGUCCUAACCUCCUAUGUGAGCACCAAAUCCAACUAAACCAAAUUCCUUACACAUUAAAGAAGGGCUCAACGUUAACUUUUUAAUCCACUUGUCCAGUCGGACAAGCAGCAAGAUUUUUCACUUGUCCUGACCAUAACUUUUUUAUUACUAUGUAUUUACUAGUUCAAUGAAAGGAAAGUGGUUAACAAAGUUUAUCAAAAAGCAGGUAUAGUUAUGAUUAUCAUUAUGCUUUCAUUAUUUUUUUUUCAAUAACACUCAAACUUUAACAAUAAAAAAAAAACCUAUUCAAUGCCCCAUUAUGGUGCAUGUGUUGUUAUAAAUCUGCAUAUCAGGUAAUGGGUUAAGAGUUAGACUCACUCAAAUUCAAAGCUUCUGGAGGAAAUAAAGUUAAAUCUUGAUUAAUCAAGUAAAA